AUGAUGAAAUACGAUUGUAACCAUCAAAACGAAAGCUCUACUGUUACAGACAGUUCAACAUUGGUAACAUCAUCGUUAAUAAAAGUACGUUCGUUCGGAACAAUCACUCGUGCAGGCGACCCUAUUGUUGGGAUAUACAAUACAUCAGCUGGUAUGUCUACAGGUUGUAAAAAUGGCAGUUUCUCAAGCAGCAGUGAAAUGCCUCCUGAAGCGAUUGACAAUUUAACUUCUACGAAGUACUUGAAUUUUGGAAGUACUGGUGGUUUUAAUAUCGAAGCUCCUGCACCUGGAGUAGACACUGGUUUUUAUGUAACACCUACUAUUAGUAAUAAUUCAAUUGCUACUGCUCUUCUUUUUGCAACGGCAAAUGAUUCCCCUAAUCGUGAUCCAAUUACCGUAACUCUCGAAGGAAGUAAUAGCAAUGCACUCGAUAUUGGUUCGAGUUGGACGCUUAUAUAUAACGGUUCGACUGGUAUUGAUCCUACAACAGUUCCUGCUCGACAGCAAUACGUUACUCAACAAAAUUUUUCAAAUACUAUUGCUUAUAAAAGUUAUCGACUUCUGGUUACUUCUCAACGUGGUUCAGAUUGGGCUGUUCAAUAUUCGGAAGCUCAAAUAAUUGGUUAUUAUUGA